AAAAUUUGGAACACAAUCUGCUUUAAGAUAUAUUUUGGAUUUUAUUGUGUUACUUGAACUGCAGCUGAAAUGUCGUGUGUGUGCAGUGCUUAAGCAUAAUCAUAUGUGCAAUAACAUCAACAAAAACGAGAAACAAAUUCACAAAAAAAAAAACUUACGAACGCCAUCUACCUGGAAAUUUUAACAAAUAUUUAGCAAAUAAAAAUUGAGUGCUUAGGUAGUGCGUAUAUUUUUCAACAUUCACAAUCAUAAAAUACAUACAAACAUACCUAUAUAUACAUAACGUAACAUGUGUGAGCGCGAGUGAGAGCAAAACGUCAACAUGACAGCAACAACAACAACAACAAUAGCAACAGCAGAGUAAUAAAGAGAGAGAAAGAUAGACAGAGAGAGAGAGAGAGCCCCUAGCCAGCUGUGCAGGUCGUCGUGGUCGAUUUCUGUUUUUAGGCUCCCCCAAUAAGGAACAAAAUUUUUCAGUCAAAAUUUUGUUAUUUAUAUUGAGCUGCGGCUAAGCGAUUGUCAUAGAAUAAAUAUUAUCUAAAAAAUUGUUCGUUAUUGAAUUAAGGUUGUAAUACAAAUUGUUAUGCACAUAUUCAAUCUGUACAAACUGAAGUGCAUCAUUUUACACACGCUGCGUCAUACUUGGACUUGGACAUUCGUUGUAUUUGUCGCCAAGCUACUCAAUAAUUGGCGUUGGAAAGCGAUAAAUCGCCAGGAGCAGCCCCAGCUCCAUAAUAACAACAAUAAUAACGUGAUGGAACAAGAAGUCCAAGACGAUGCGCCGGAAGCGCCAGAGCAACAUCAGCAGGAGCAGCAACUCGAUGAGAAUCAGGCCGAGUAUGCCAUGAUCAAUGCAAUUAUUGCAGACGAGCCAAUGGAUGCCAGCGAUGUGGAGAACGAAGAUGCUGAUGACGACAUAGACAUCGAUGACGAGGACGGUGAUGUCGAUGACGAUGAGAACGAUGUUAGCGACGAAGAUGAAUCUGAUCCCGAAUUGGAGGAAAUGUAUUCCGAUAACGAUUGGACAACAUCGAACGAUGAGAGCGAAAUGUCGACAACCACAUCGAAUGUCGGACUGGGACCGUUUGAGCCCAUUAUACCACUGUCCACGCGACCAAUGUACAGCUUCCAGCCAGCGCGUUUGAUCAAGUGCCAGUUUAAGGAUAAGCAUUGCAUUGGAGGCUUUCCAUUAGGACGCAGUGGUCAUCGUAUUAUUGCAUCCAAAUCGCAUCUCUAUUCGCUUGGUGGUUAUAAUCCGCGCAGUGCACUGACGGCCGCCAGGCGCGGCAGGUGCCUGCUCUUCCAGGAGCUCUGGAGCUACAAUUUCGCAACAAAUCACUGGUCAUUGGAACUAAACGCGGACAACGCCAGCAAUAUGCCAACUGAGCUAGCUUCCAAUGCGCUUGCCAUUCACAACGAUGUGCUGAUUUCACAUGGCGGUACAGGGUAUCCCUUUGGUGAGUCCUGUUCGAAUGAUUGCUACGUGUACCGUACGAACGAUGGCAACGCUGGCGUCGAACGCUUGAAAGUUAGUGGCGAUCUGCCCACGGCGCAGUAUGGACCUGGCAUUGUUAUACAUAAGCACUAUUUGUAUACGAUUGGUGGAACGACGGGCUUCGAUUAUUCCUGUGAUGUUUAUCGCUUGGAUUUGCGCACCAAGGUGUGGGAGAACGUUUACAUCUGCCGGCCAGAGAUGCGCGACGAUCCAGAGGGGCGCUAUCGACAUGAGGUCGUCUACGACGGCAAGCAUAUCUUUGUGCUAGGUGGCGGCACCUCGAAUUCAGUAUACGAUCUACAGCGUAUACCGGCCUAUAAUCUGGAUGCAAAUAGCUGGGAUUACUUUGAUACGCAACCGGAUCGAAAGAGCGGAGCAUGGAGCCAAAACGACAAGGGCUAUCCGAGACCGCGCAAAUGCUUCUCCUGUGUGCAGCAUCAGUCAUCCAAUGGCGACAUUGAGGCUUUUAUCACUGGUGGUCUGCAGGGCGACUUUUCGACCUAUUUCUCAGACAUAUGGAAGCUGAAUUUGCGCACUAAACAAUGGUCCAUCAUACAGACGGCCAGCUUGCCUCGUCCGUUGUAUUUCCACUCGGCAGCGCAUUCAGACAAUGGUUGCAUGUACAUUUUUGGCGGCAUCGAGUACAACGACAAGGAGACAUUGAAGCGUCGCAAUGAUCUCUACAAAAUGUGGAUGACCAUACCAAAGUUAAGUGAAAUCUGCUGGGAUGCCAUUACCUACUACAAUGAUAAUUUGGAUCUGUACGAUCGCAAGGCUCUGCUAAGUGCUGGCAUACCCAAGAGUUUUACGGAACGCCUGCCGCCACAACGUCUCUUAACGGAGAAGGGUGAACCAGGCUCGACUAUAAUGACAUCCUUGUACUCAAUUCCGAAACGUGCCCGAUCCCAAAUGCAAUAAUUGGCUAGCAUCAGCAAAUGAGCUUUAAAUCCCAAUCCCUGCCCAAAAAAAUAAAGUUGUGAAUUGAGAUUAUGGCGUGAGUGAUUGUCCCUGUGGUGGAGUUAUGUUUCGUUGUUUUUUUCUUUUUUGGUUCAAAUCAAAGAAAAAAAAAUCAAGUUCAAGAAAAAAAAUUUAGUUUUGUGAGCGCGCGCUGUGAUCGAAUACGAAGGACAUUUAUAUUUAUAUAUACAUAAUGUGUAUUUUGAUAUUUCGUAGAGUCGAGGAAAGGCGAAACAUGUUUUAUUUAGCAUGUAAAUAAGACGUAAAUAUAGUUUAGUUUAGGCAGGAGGCAAAUUUCUAUGGGAUAUAUCUUUCGAACAAUAACCGGAAUAAUAAAACAAAACAAAACCAGAGUCCAGCGCACACAAACCAAUUAAAUACCCUAUAAACAUUUACUUAUACUCUAUAAAUAUAUAAUACCAGUAUAAUCCUUCAAGUAUUGCUCUGCUCCUCUCACUCACACAAACACACACACACCAAGCAACACCUGCACCACUCACUUCCCUGAAGGCUACACCAAACAAUCUCAUAUAGAGGAAGUAUGUGCCAAGAGGCAAUUAGUUCAUAGAGAACCUUUUAGCCAAUGUUCUCUAGAAACUAUCCAAUUAAGCAAUUUACAUACUUCCAAUGUAUUUUUUUUGUUAAAGUGUACAUAAUAUUUAGAUAUAUAGUUAUAUUUAAUUUAAUAUUUAAGAUUUGCGUCUUUAUUGUGGCACCUUGGCCCAACAUUUAAACAAA